UCGUAAAAUCUUGAGUCGCCACUCUCACAUAUAUUUUCUUCUCACCUCAACUCUUCACUCUAUCCCACCGAUCAACCACAUACAAUGAGACCACCAAGAGGGCGUGGCGGCGGCGGCGGCUUUAGAGGCGGAAGAGAUGGUGGUCGUGGUUUCGGUGGCGGCCGUGGAAGAGGUGGCGGCGGACGUUUCGGCGGUGGCGGUGGGCGUGGUUUUCAAGAUGAAGGCCCUCCGGCUGAAGUUGUAGAGGUUGCUUCAUUUGUACAUGCUUGCGAAGGUGAUGCUGUCACGAAGCUAACUAAUGAGAAAAUACCCUAUUUUAAUGCCCCCAUUUAUCUCGAGAACAAGACCCAAAUCGGAAAAGUAGAUGAAAUUUUCGGCCCCAUUAAUGAAUCGUUUUUCUCGGUUAAAAUGAUGGAAGGAAUUGUAGCUACUUCUUACUCAGCUGGGGAUAAGUUUUUCAUCGACCCGUAUAAGCUUUUGCCUCUGUCCAGAUUUCUUCCACAGCCAAAGGGACAAGCACCAGCUGGUGGUAGAGGUGGAGGUCGUGGAGGGGGAAGAGGGGGUGGACGAGGAUUUAGUCGCGGUGGAGGAGGUGGUUUUCGUGGAAGGGGUGCUCCAAGAGGUGGGCGAGGAGGUGGCUUCAGAGGUGCAAGUCGUGGUGGAGGAGGUUUCAGGGGAAGAGGGAGAUCGUAGAGUAUUUGUAAUUUGUUUGUGCUUGUUUAAGUUCUGGAUACACAAUUUUAAUGAGCAUUAUGUAUUAGUACUGAUUUGAUUUUGUUAUGUGACUGGCCUAUGGAAUACCAAAGCUUUGAUUGUUUUUACAA